AUGUGUCUACGUCAUUUGGAGUAUGGAGAGGAGUUAAGAAAUAUGGCGGAUUCCUUGACGGAACCCGUUUGUUUGAAAGAUUUUGAGAGUUACGCGAGGCAGUAUUUGCCAAAUCAUGCAUUUGAGUUUUUUGCUGGAGGUGCCAACGAAGAAACUACCAUAAGAGAAAACGUGGAGGCAUUUAAAAGGUGCGAGAACAUUCAAGAGAACGGUCGUUUCGCCUGCGAGUCGUUUCGCCAAAGUUCAAAGUUCCGUUCGCUAACGUCUUAUGUCGUUCCGCUAAGAAGCGAAACGAGUGUUCUCUCAGCCAUGGUGCAAAGUGCGAUGCGUAUGUAUAUACCUCGUUCUUUCAGCCACAGAUCAGGCGAAAGCUGUUAGGGAACCCCCCCCCCGCUACUCCCUUAUAUAAGCCAUGUAGGUAUGUGCUGCCCAUCCUUUUCUGUGAUGAGAAAAUACUCUUCUACUAAAUGGACGACACCUCUUUACCUUUCCAGAGAUCUUUAUAGUAGUUAUCCAUGUUGGACUCUCACUCAUUGAUCCUUGCUGUUGAUUCGUUCAUUUUCUUCCAUGCUUAUUAAAUUUGUGUGUGUGGUGGAGGGGUAACUGGACAUAAGAAUUGAACUACUGAAGCAACUUAUCAUUUUAUCAUUAUUGUUUGUAGAGUGUCAGAUCACGUACAUACAAAACAUGGACCCCAAGUCCAUGGAGUACCCCUGUGGACCACUCCUAAUUUUUGAAGAUGAAUUUAACCAGAGGUCUAAACAAAUUUUUGGAACCUUAAAUAGAUGAAACUGUGGUCAGUUUUUAUUAUUAGGGUUAUGGGCUCCUCAUAUUUUACAAUUGUUAAUUUUUUUUUUCAGUUCCAUACUAGUGUAAUGGGUCGGUUUUAGUUUAGUGAAGGACUAACCUUAUGUUAAGGAAACAGGGGGGUGGUAGGGAGGACGCAGUCUCCUAUGUAGCUCUUUUUUUGUUUUCUCAUUGAAAUCGUGAAAAUGGUUGUAAACGGCUGCAUAUAUGAGACUAAAGAAGAAGCCCAAUGUCUGUUUGUUUGUCAUGACAGCAAUCUCGACAUGAAUGAAUUGCAAUUUACAUGAACCAACAUGAAAAUUUCGUCUGCAAACUUGUCAGAUGUUUGACUAACCACCUUGUUUAAUAAGCUGCAGGUUAUUUUGUGCUUGAUUCAUGAGCAGGAUUUAAUAAGUUUGCCAGCCAAUCAACAUUUCCAAGAGCUAUCAAGGAAAGGCAUGUCUGGGGAGGGUACUCAAUCAUUAUGCAUUUCCUUUUCCUCCAGUAGUCUGCCACUUAGACUGUCGAUCCCCUUAAAAUAUUGUUUCUUCUUUUGGACUAAACCAAACCCAUGUCAUAUUCAAGGAGCCUUUAACUCUAACAAUAAAUAUACUAAAAGUUGACACAGUUUCAUCCAUUUAAGGUUCCUAAAAUUCGUUUAGACCUCUGGUAAAAAUUCAUCUUAAAAAAUUCAGGGUGGUCCACAGGGGUAGUCAAUGGACUAGGUCCACAGAGGUGGUCCAUGGAUUGGGGGUCCAUGUUUUUUAUAGGUCCAUCAUGGUCAAAUACAGUGCAGCAGCAAGACACACUUAACUUAAAGGGCCAGACAGACAGGAAGACAGGAACAGAAUGGUGAAAUAAUGUUAGGAUCUUUGAAGGCUCAUGUACAACUGAAUUUCAGGCUGAGAAUACGACCACGAGUUCUUUGUGGCAUUUCAGAAGUGGACCUUUCAACUACAGUUCUGGGAGAAAAAGUUACCUUACCAAUUGGUAUUGCACCAACAGCAACUCAGAAACUUGCCCACCCUGAUGGUGAGCAAGCCACUGCAAAAGGUAAUAUUUUACUAGUAUGCAAGCUAAAAUAAGACGUGGUUCAGGGGGUCCUUUUUACAUUUUUUUAAGUUGUUGGGAAACUGUUAGCACAGGCUACAGCUGUAUCUGUACGUUGCACUAAUUUCUAGAAUUAAAAUCGAGGGGAGCGUAAGGGUUUGCUGUGAUGCGGUUUUGCUCAAUAAUUUAUUGGUGCAGUUUUGUGGAAAUUUUCAUUUCAAGUUAUGGUAUUGUGGUUUUACAAAACCAAGCGGUUUGCAGUAUUUAGAUAUUUUGGGGUAAUUUAACUGCAGUUUGCGGUUUUCUCACGUUAUUCUGUGUGCGGUUUAUGUAUUUCUGUACAGUUUUGCGGUGUUUGUCAAGUUCCCCCUCACCCCCCCCCCCCCUCUCCUCUGGAGAAGAAUAAUAAUGUGUACAAUGUAUAAUAACAGAUUAUAUUGUUUUGCAGCUGCUUCUAAGGCUGGGACUUGCAUGAUACUCAGCUGUGUUGGAUCCACAUCACUAGAGGAUGUUGCAACUAUGACUCCUGAGUCAGUUAAAUGGAUGCAACUUUAUGUACUGAGCUCCCAAGAAAUGACAAAAAAGAUUGUUAAACGUGCAGAAAAAGAAGGCUAUAAAGCAAUUGUCAUGACUGUUGAUGCAACUGUGAGAGGAAAGAGACAGAAAGAUGUCAGAAAUCAUUCCUUUCUGUUACCUCAUCUCAUGAAUAUUCCUAAUGUUGAUCCAGCAAAAAUGGUAGAUGCCAAGAGAUCAUCUGAUUUUGAGAAGAACAAACAAAAAGGUUCUGGCUUUGCAUUUGAUAAAUUUGCAAAGACUUUAUUUAAUAAAUCAAUCACCUUUGAAACCAUUGACUGGUUGAAGAGCAUCACCAAGCUUCCAGUUCUUGUCAAAGGGAUUUUGACAGCAGAUGAUGCCAGAAAGGCUGUUGAACAUGGAGUUGAUGGAAUUAUUGUAUCCAAUCAUGGAGGAAGACAGUUAGACUGUGUUCCUGCCACUGUAAGUGUGUAAAGAACCUUUUAGUUUUUAAGUUUUGUUUUUCCAGGGUAGGUAAUAUCUGAUAUCACUCUUGAGGGCUGUCAAUUUCUUUCAGUUUUUUCUUGUCUCUGAGCACAAGUAAAUGUAACUAAUUUAUAAGAAUACUAAGGAUAAGUUAAGGUCCCUUGAAAACAUCACGAAAGGCCUACAUAGGGACACAAAGCAUACACGUCAAGCUAAUUAAGAAGUGACUAUUUAAUUAUAGCUAGACAAGUGCAUUAAUAAUACAUAUUACUGUCAUUGUCAUUGCACAUGGGAGAGUGAGAAAACCGCAAUACCGCAUCAAAAUUUAGCCAAAUACUGAAACCGCAGUUACAAAUGGGAAGAAGUUGCCGUUGUCAAGACUACUGCAGAUCCACCUUUUAAAUAGAAAUAAUAUUUUUUUAUGUCAGUGUGUUUCCAAAUCAAGGUGCAUUGAUGUUAAGCAUAUAAUAAAGAUACGAUCAUCCAAUGAUCCAACAAAAUUUUUCAGUCUUUGGCCAUACAUGGUCAUGCCAGUCAUUUGAAGCUUUUUGGUGGCCUUUCAGUGAAGCUCAAAUUCAACAAUAACUGUCAGUCCUUUUUUUUAAGUGGCCUGCAAUGUAGCAACGUAGGAUAGGAGUAUAGGUACAAUGAGGUAGUACUUGAAACCAAAUGGUUUCCCUGAAUUUCACCAGCCUCUUCUCCCCUUGAUCUACCAAACAAUUAUGGAACUUGUUUUUUUUCUGUAAUUUUUGCCCCCUUUUCCUUCUUCGUAGAAAAUUACUUUUCAAUUGUAUAAUGACCUCACUAUGUUUGGUAGAUAAAUCUGACUGAUGACUUUGUUGAUCUUCUACAUGGAUCGCUCGCCAUUGUUUCGCCACUGGCCCAAGGAGGUUAGCCAAGCCAACUAUCCCCAUAAGGUCCAUAAGGUCAUAAUAUAAUGCGACAUGUUUAUGCAUCAUUGGAUAAAAAGGUUAAUUUUGUAUUAUAAUAUCAAGUAUUAACUGAAAUUACAAGCUAUACAAUUUGUCUGGACCGUUUGUGCGAUAUGGUCCCUGACUGUGUAACUAGGGGCAGGCCUGACAGGCAGGUCACCGUGAGACAACAAUAAUUGUUGUUGUAAUUUUUUCACUGAUUACUGCAACAUAAAUUUAAAAUUAUGCCGCAUACCACUUGGACUCUGAAAACUGCAAUACUUUACUUUGAAAUAAAAAUUAACUGCAAGCCCUUACACCCCCUCUUGUUGGCCAUGAUUUUUCAGGGGUGUGGCAUAAAUAAAGUGUUUUUUUUUUAUUAUUGUUGUUUGCUAAUAAUUCCUAACAAUAUAUUUUUGCUAGAUUGAUGUUCUGCCAGAGAUAGUGGAUGCUGUUAAUGGAAAAGUAGAAGUAUAUGUUGAUGGUGGAAUUAGACUGGGUACAGAUGUAUUCAAGGCACUAGCCUUGGGGGCACGAGCUGUUUUUAUUGGUCGACCAGCCAUUUGGGGACUUGCCUACAAGGUAACAAAAAUGGAUCAUAAUAUUGUACAUGUAAGCCUGGCGGUUAAAGCUAUAGAUGGCCAUCACAGGCUAUUAUAUAUAGUUAUAAAAAAAAUUAAAUUUAAUAUUGUGCCACUGUGUGAAGUAGUCUGCUCUGUCAAAGGGUUUAGAAAUCUGAAUAUCCUGGUAUAGUACAGGUACAGUGGAACCCCACUCUAUGAACACCCAUAUACAAUGGACAAAUUUGUUUGUCCCAACACUGAAAAAACUCAUGUAUUCUUUUUAAAAAUAACCUGCUUAAUAAGUUCCUUGGUGUGCAUAUUAACCAUGUUCAACUCUAUCAUUAAUGGGCAUGAUCAAACUGUACGUGGUAUAAAGAAUGUUCAGCUGUUCUUAAUGAAUUUUAGCAUGCUAUUAGGGUUGCCAGUGCCUAUAUAGUUCAGAAUAGGUUAGCAGAUUUGCAGGUGAACAUUGGGUAUUUAAGGUCAGGGUUCCAGCAGAACAUGCCCAACCCAAAACCACCCCCCUAGCAUUAAUUAUUCUCCCACUACCGGUACUCUAAGUUGGGUGGGGGGGAAUAUGCUUGCAUCAAAACAAAAUCUACCUUCAACUUGAUCCUUUUCAUCUUUUUAUAGGGUGAGGAAGGCGUGACCAAAGUCCUGGACAUUCUUAAAGAAGAACUCGAAAUAGCAAUGAUUUUGUCAGGUAUAAUA